CUCAUUCCCUUACAAAAGCACAACAAGACACCCGUCAGUUUCUUUUCAGUUGAGCGACGGUAUGUUUUCUUCACCAUUAUAUUUCGUCAACAUGUGCAAGAUCACUCUUAUCGCAGGUCUCUGUUUGAUCAUCGCCAGCUUUGCCUCCUCCACCCGGCUGGUGUGUUACUAUAACAAUGUGGCGGCAAACAGAGCGGGGAAUGGGAUGUUCACGGUUUCCGAUAUUGAUCCUAACCUGUGUACGCAUCUGAUAUAUGCCUUCUCCGGCAUAAACGAUCAAAACGAGCUGGUGCCCAGCCAAUCAAAUGAUGUACAGAGCUAUGUGUCAUUCAAUCAACUCAAAGAACGCAAUCCACAGCUCAAAACCCUCUUGGCGGUUGGAGGCCUUUCUUAAGCGGACAGAGGUGAAUUCAGUUCAAUGGGGGCAAGCCAACAAAACAGAGCAACGUUCAUCCAGUCUGCGAUCACGCUGCUAAGAAGCAAUGGGUUUGAUGGGCUAAACCUGGACUGGAGGUACCCGGGAGGAGCUGGAAGCCAACCAGGGGGCAAACAGAGCUUCACAUUGCUGUGCAAGGAGCUCAACGAGGCCUUUGUGGCUGAAGGAACAAGAACUGGCCGUGACAGAUUACUCCUCACUGCGAGCGUCUCUGCCGAGAAAGCAAUCAUCGAUGACAGUUAUGACGUCCCGCAGGUUUCCACGUAUCUGGAUUUCAUCAAUGUGUUGACAUUUGACUUUCACGGCCCCUGGGAAAGCGUCACGGGACAUCACAGCCCCUUAUUCCAAAGAGCCCAAGAGACUGGAAACCAAACCUACUUGAACACUAACUUUUCCAUGAGGUACUGGCGAGACCAGGGAGCACCUACAGACAAGCUCAACUUGGGGUUGGCGGCAUAUGGCCGUGCUUUUGACCUCUCCACUGAAUCCAUGGAUGUAGGUGCACCAGCAAGCGGCCCUGGUGAAGAAGGCUGCUUCACCGGGGAAGAAGGAUUCUGGUCCACUUAUGAGAUCUGCCUUUAUACUGAAGGGGUUCCUUCCCAGCUGAUCGCUGACCAGCAAGUCCCUUUUGCUGUCCCAGAACAUCAGUGGGUUGGUUUCGAUGACAAAACCAGCCUUACUACAAAGGUCAAUUACCUAAAGAGCAACAACUUUGGAGGAGCCUUUGUCUGGUCUGUGGAUCUGGAUGACAAAACUGGAACAUACUGUAAAAUGGGGGAAAACCCUUUCAUCGGCCACCUGCAUAACCUCCUGGUUCCAGGUUUUCCUGACCUCAGCAGUACACCUCGCCCUACAACAAACACAACAACGCCCACUAUCACAACCCCCCCUACAACAACCAUAACCAUGCUCCCUACCUCCACAACAACAACUCCUACUACCACAACAAUAAUCAGGCCCACUACAACUCCCAUGACUACCACAACUACAAUCAGGCCCACUACCACAACUCCCACUACAACACCAACAACUCCCACUACGACAACUACUAUCAGGCCGACUACCACAACUCCCACUACAACACCCAACAACUCCCACUACGACAACUACAAUCAGGCCACUACUACAACUACCACUACAACACCACCACUACCACUACGACAACUACGAUUAGGCCCACUACUACCAACUACUCCUACAACACCCACAACUCCCACUACGACAACUACAAUCAGGCCCACUACCACAACAACACCAACAACUCCCACUACGACAACUACAAUCAGGCCCACUAGCACAACUCCCACUACAACACCAACAACUCCCACUACGACAACUACAAUCAGGCCCACUACCACAACAACACCAACAACUCCCACUACGACAACUACAAUCAGGCCCACUAGCACAACUCCCACUACAACACCAACAACUCCCACUACGACAACUACAAUCAGGCCCACUACCACUACAACACCAACAACUCCCACUACGACAACUACAAUCAGGCCACUAGCCCACUACCACAACAACACCAACAACUCCCACUACGACAACUACAAUCAGGCCCACUACCACAACAACACCAACAACUCCCACUACGACAACUACAAUCAGACCGACUACCACCACCACCGCCGCCCCAGUUCCAUCUACUACAUCGUUUGCAGACCUUUGUAA